GUUAAAAUGUCAAGGAACGGUGCUGUGAGCCAACUACUUUACCCACUGCGCCACUGUCCUCCCAUUUUCAAAUCCAGAAUCCUAAAUAAGUCCAGACAUUUCUAAGAAUUUUGUUAAAAAAAAUCUUGCCACUAGAGGUCACCCUCCCGCAAAAAAAUCCAUAUGGCUUGCCAUUUAUUUAAGAUAUACUAUAUUACCUUGCCGAUGAUUAUUGUGAUGAUCAUUUAUAAUGCUAUUAGGUGUUUUCCAUGUUAAGUUUCAUCGAUAUUGGUUUGAUAGAAAUUAGAUGUCAUUCCUUAAAACCACAAAAACCAAAAUGUCCGCAAGUACUGUUUUACAUGGCACAUGUCUCCAGUUAUAAAAGGUUGAAAAAUGCCAGUAAGUUAUAUGGGGACAAUGUUAGGCGCUGCGGGUUAGGAUUCUGUCCCCAUGAUCGGAAGGUAUGUGGUUCAAAUCCCAGCGUUAGAAAAGUGAUUUUAGGGUUGGGUCCCUGAGCGACACCCUUAACCCCAAUUGUUCUAGAGACCGUCGGACCCUGUUUCUCAAAUAUGUACGUCAUGUGGCUCAAAGCGUCUGCUCAAAUAAAUAAAAUGUAAAUACUAGCUGUUGAAUACUGAGGAGGUGCAGAUUUAGCGGACCAAUCAGCGAUGCCUCUCGGCUUCCCUGCUGGUUGUUAAGCGCUCUUCCCGUUUUCUAUAGCUGAGCGUCAAACCAGUUAUCCGGUUACGAAUUGGAACGUGUGUUUUUUCUGAAACUUGCUGUGGAUUUCUAAUAAUUAGAAAAUAUUUCCAUAUUUACGUAAUGGUGUGUGGAGGUUUUACUUGUUCUAAACAUGCGCUCUCCGCUCUCAACAUUCUUUACGUGAUGGUGAGCCUCCUCGUGAUCGGGGUCGCCGCCUGGGGAAAAUGGUUCGGCCUAGUCUCCAGCUUCCAAGUGGUGGGUGGCAUGAUCGGAGUGGGCUCCUUCCUCUUCGUCGUGGCGCUGGUCGGGCUCAUCGGGGCGGUGAAGCACCAUCAGGUCCUGCUCUUCUUUUACAUGAUCGUCCUUUUCCUGGUGUUUGUGGUGCAGAUAUCAGUGUCUUGUGCCUGUCUAGCAAUAAAUGAAGACCAACAGGGGCAGCUGCUGGAGGUGGGCUGGAACAACUCUGAAAGCAUGCAGAGAGACGUGGAGAAAACGCUCGACUGCUGCGGCUUCUCGUCCGUCGACUACAACAGGACAUGUGACGCGGCCUGUUCCCGCGACCUCCUAUGCAGCCCCUGCAAGACCAAGAUCGAAGAGCAUGCCGAAGAAGUGCUGCGCUUCGUGGGAGGAGUUGGCCUCUUCUUCAGCUUCACCGAGAUUUUGGGCGUGUGGCUGACGCACAGGUACCGAAAUGAGAGAGACCCCCGAGCAAAUCCAAGCGCCUUCCUCUGAAUAGACUUUUAAGAUUUUAAAGAUAACUCUACCAUGCUGGGACAUUUGGGUAUUAUUUUUGUGGAAAAAAAAAUCUCCUGCGCAGUUGACAGGUCAAAUCAUAUGGAGAAAGUGGACAUUUCUCAGCAUUUUGUAUUGUAUUGACUGAAGCAAUUGUAAUGCUCCUCAUUCGUUUCCAAGUUUCGCUCUUUUUCCAUCAUAGUUAAUUAUCCAAAUUCACUUCUGUAUUUUUAAUCAUUGGUCUUAGCUUUAAAAAUAAAGCAUCUCCUGUU